UGGAAAGAUUCGUAAAAGGUCAUUAGAAAGUACAAUUAUUCAGGAAAGGAACAAAUGCAUAGCCAGCAUUUCUUCAAGAACGAAUGGAACUGGUAAUCAGUGUGCAUGGCCUGGUUAUGACAGACAAUCAACAUAUACCUCCAACCAAAUAAGAGGUGGAGAGACAAAAACAGAUGAAAGAAAAGAUAUUAUUCAAAGGAAAGAGGAAUGCCGUUCAUGCAGACAAAAAAUCAUCAGAAAUUGGAAAAAUGUGAAGAAGUAUGUAUACCCUGUUGCCUUGUUAGAACAACUUUGUAAAAGAAGGUUACUUAAACGGGAAAACUUUGAGGAUCUUAACUGGAUGGAUAGGUCCCUAGCACUAGACAAAGUCUUAACAUCGUGUUAUCGGAACAUUUUCACAAAGAAACAAUUUGACAUAUUGAAAGCAGCUGUACAAGAUGUAAAUUCUGGUGCUAAUAUUGAAUGGGAUGCCAGCAUUGAUGACACCUCUACAGUGCCUUAUGAAGAUAUCAACAUACCUGAAUAUGUUGUAUCAUCAAACGAUGGAUUCAAACGAACGUUAACACGAACUGUAAAGGGAAAGGUCGCAAUCGACAUCAAGGAUGAUUUUCUCGUUCACUCAAUUAUAACAAUUGAUGAACAUGAAAAAGUAUCCAACGAUCUUAGAGAACGUACAGUGUCUGAUACUUUUAUACAGUUGAUUUUCGACAAAUCUAAUACGCGUGCAUUCGAUUGUUUGGCACAUAGUUUACAACAAUUCAACGAGAAACAGAAAAUAAAGCAAAGUAAUAUAAAGUCUUUAGUGGAUAUGUUACUUGGAACAAGCAAACAAUCAGACUUAUCAAGUACAAGAAGCUCAAUAGAAAUGAUACAGUGCAGCUUUAAUCAAACAAUAGAAGCAUCUGCUGAUCUUAUGAUAAAACUGAACCUUACCAAUGACGAUCAGCAAGACCAGUCUACUUUCAAUGAUAAAGUGGUACAAAAUGUUGAAAACAUAACUCUAGACUUGAUGCAAGUUCUUCGCAGUUAUCCAACAGGAGCAGACAAAGGAUCUGUUAUCAUAUAUUUGAAAUCACUAGAAAAUGAUCUUGCAAAAAGACUUCAGCGAAGUCUUAUCGAUGGCAGUUUCGUUGAAUUUUUGGACAACUUGUUCAAUGAUAAGGCAAUAAAAACAUCAUUGUCCAAAGGAGAUUACAAGUUAGAAGUUACAAUAGAGCCUUACGAAGGAUCAGUAUUCCAAGAUGAAUCUGAAUGUUUGACUGAAAAUGAAAAACGUCCAUCGCCAAACCUGAUAUCUGUUAACAGAACCUUUUUGAUCGACCAGAUUAAUGUUAUUGCAUUAUUGGAAGCUUUUGGCAGUACCAGCACAGAGACUUUUACGAAAUUUGAAAAGGCUGGAAUUUAUAAAGCAACUGAAAUUACACAGCAGUCGGAGAUUUUUCUUGAUGUUGUUGAGAAAGAAGGGCUUCAAGAGACAUUUUGUAAUAUUCUGCAGGAAAAAAAAAUGACAUAUGUUCUUAACAGACUUCAAACGUAUCAGAAAGUGUGUUCUGCAGAUUAUACCAAUUUGCGGAAAAAAAUUAUACACAAUUUUGAAAAACUGGUAAAUACUUUAGACAUCGAUGACAUGAGGGAGACAUUCGUUGAAAGGAAAGUAUUUGAUAUCCCUACGUUUGAUAGAUUGGAAGAGCAAUUUGCAGACAACAGGGAACAAGCAACAGCAGCACUUCUGAUCAAAAUAUUAAAAGCAGGGCAUGAAGCAGUAGUGACUUUGGUAGAUGUUUUAUACAUAAACGCCAUUGAUUCAUUGGCUAAUGAUUUACUUGAACCGCUACCAGAGACAACUGUUUAUAAAGAAGAUUCAGGUAUGGAACUAGACAAAUCUGAAGGCUUGUUGUUUGAGGGAACUUUUCGAGUAUUAGUAGAAAAGGAUGAAUCUGAUAUAGAAAAGAUGGAAGUAGGAGAAACUUGUUCAAAACAGCUAAACUAUGAGGAAAUUUAUCCAAAAAGAGAUAUAUCCACGACAAAACACGAUGACAGAUUAUUGGUUCAACAAGAGUAUAAGCGAUUCCUAAAAGACACAAAGAAAAAAGACAUAGAACUUUUAGAAGAUAUUUUCGAUCCGCAAAUUCAGAAGGAAAGAGAAAACUUUUAUCGCCACUCUACAGUUGUAAUUGAUCUUGGCAAAGAAGCAUUAAUGUUGUUGUUAAAAUAUGAACUUUCCAAAAGCGGUGUGAAAUUUUUAGAUUUUCUGGCUGAUAACCGACAUAAUUUGUAUCACUGUGUUUAUACAACUUGCUGUCGAUGUCGAUAUAACAAACCAAAAACAAAGAAAGGCUUUUCACUAUCUGUCGAGAAUUUGGAAACCAUACUUGAUAAUACAGGUCUGAAAUUAGAAACGCAUCGACAUGGAAACUUUCCACAGUUAUGUUGUAGUCCUAUCAAAAAUGAAUUAACAAUUGAUCAACUUGACUACGUGCUACUGAGAGAUUUGUUGGGAAGUCUUCAAUUGCAAUCUAAUGUUCAACAAGCUGUUGAUAAUAUUGAAACGUGCAGAAAUGAGUCGUUUUUCAAGGCAGAUGUUGCACGACUGGAUUAUGUACAGUAUCUAGAGCUUAAAAGAGAAAUUCAAGAUGCUAUCCUAACCGUGUGUCGUUAUUGCAACACAGAAGACGAAAUGACGAAAAAGCUGAAAGAUUUUAUGUUGAAGCCGAUGGAUAUGACUUCCUUGUAUAGGCGACAAAAGAAAAUCCUUGAUGCAGUAGAAGAGAUAACGGAUAAAAAGACAAGAAAUCUUGUAGAAGACAAGGUGGGAGUGGUUGAAUUUCAAUCAUCAAUUUCAGAAGAAGAGUGCAAACAACUUUGUGGAACAUUUUUCGAACAAAAAAAAGAUGAAUUAGUUUCUUUUCAGGCUGAAUUAGACAAAAGUCGUAAUUUGGGUAAACGCUACUUCCAUCGUAGAACCAAUAGAGGCUCUAAACAAUCAACUCAAACAUAGGAGAGCAGACAUUUUGAUGUUGAUUGUUUACUAUUUGUGUAAAAAGCUUUGCAAAUGUCUUACAACAAUUCUGUUCUUUAAAAUAAUCUUCGAAUUUUCUGUACAAUAUUACUAUUUGAUAAAUGCAGUUAAUGAAAUUGAACGAUGUCUGUUUGAAAGCACUUAAAUAAAUUCAAGUGUCGAUUAUUAACAUUGUAAAGUAUUGUGGCCUUAUUACACUGAAUCUUAAAUGUAUAAAUGAAAACUCAAAUGUGUAUCCAAUUUUGGUUACAAAAUUUGCAGACUGUAUGAUGAUUUAAAAACUCAAUAGAGAUAUUACUACUGUAAAUAAAGCUUACGAA